CUCUCUCUCUCUCUCUCUCUCCCCAUGGAGGCUGCUGGUUCAGCGCUAAAUCUCCACACUUCCAAGUACUUAAUGCGUCAUGCAUAUUCAGUCCUUUUUUAUCUCAUCAGGUUUUCCACUUUCUUGAGCAUGAUUUUGAUGGAAGCUUUUCUGUUUCUAAACAAAUGGAGACCCAUCUACCAACUUCUCCCCUUAUCUUAUUUUGUUUUGUUCCUUGUAGUAGUUCAACGCUUUCUUUCAAGCACCUGUUCUAUCUAUAUGGUGGACUACUCAUGUCUCAGGCCACCGGGCUUCUGUAGGGUCCCUUUAUCAUUCUUCGUUGAGCUUGUUUCCAAUGCGAAUAUCUUUAACAAAGAAACCGUGGAUUUUAUGGCCAAAAUCAUCACUUCUUCCGGACAAGGAGAAGAGACCUACUUCCCACCUUCACUGCACUACAUCCCACUAAGAUCCCAUCAGCAGGACUCCAUUAAUGAAGUACACAUGGCCCUGUUCCCUGUCAUGGACGACCUUCUCUCUAAAACCAACAUAUCUCCUGCUGACAUAGACAUCCUUAUUGUUAACUGUACCGUCUUCUGUCCAUCUCCUUCUCUCCCUUCCAUCAUCGUCAACCGGUACGCCAUGAGAGAUGACAUUAAGACCUUUCAUCUCUCUGGAAUGGGUUGCAGUGCUUCGUCAGUUGCUCUCACUCUCGUCAGUGAUCUCCUAAAGGUUUACAAAAACUCUAACGCUGUCAUUCUUAGCACCGAGAUCCUCUCCGCCGGGUGGUACCCCGGCAACGAGCGAUCCAAGUUGCUCCUCAACUGCACCUUCCGCAUGGGUGGUGCAGCCAUCUUGCUUACAAACAGAAACAAAGCCCGAGAAACCUCCAAAUACAAACUGUUUCGAACUGUAAGAUCCCAAAUAGCUUCCAUCGAUAAAGCUCACUUUUCUGUGAUGCGAGAGGAGGAUUCCCAAGGCAAACUUGGGGUAAACAUCAACCAGAACUUCCUGCAGUUUGUUGGCUUGACUCUGAGGUCGCACAUCACUCUCUUUGGUGCGUCCAUCUUGCCCAUAAAAGAGAAGCUUCGUUACACUCUUUAUGUACUGAAGAAGCGAUUGAUGAUCAACCAAUCUGGAGAUAUUUACGUUCCCAACUUCAGAUCUGUGAUACAACACUUCUGUUUACCAGUGUCAGGAAUACCUUUUAUAAGGAGAAUAGGCAGUGGGUUGAAGCUUACAGAAAGGGAGAUGGAAGCAGCCAUCAUGACGUUCCAUCGGUUUGGAAAUCAGUCCUCAGCUGCCAUGUGGUACGAGCUGGGCUACAUGGAGGCAAAGGAGAUGGUGAAGCAGGGUGAUAAGGUGUGGCAGCUUGGGUUGGGGACAGGGUGGAAAGCCGCUAGUGUGGUAUGGGAGUGCCUCAGGGAUUUGUUGGAUGAGAAGGACAAUGGGCCAUGGUUUGAUUGCAUUGACAAAUAUCCCAUCAAUAGUCCACGUGUCUAGUUUAAUUCCUACGUACUACUGUUUGUUGAUGAUAUCAUAAGUGGAAAUUUAAUUAAAUGUAGAAACUUUCUUUUUUA